AUAUCUGGGUAGGAGUUUCCUCCGCAACCCCGCAAGGUUGCAGCCUUUGAAUCAAAUCACUGGAAUGGCAAUCCUACACUGCAUGGGGAACCAAUGAUGGGAUUUGCCCAUGAGACGAUCGAAGAUCGCUUUAUGUCACACUUGCCUUGUCCAAUACCCUGCAAGCAGUGAAGAGUUGUUCUUGGAAAGAUGGACAAAUGACAUCACUCCUCUAGGUAACGCGCCUGUGACUCUGUGCCUACACGCAAACGCCAGGUCACAUGGAGCGGCAAAGUGCAGGCCAGACUAUGAUUCAACGGGGCUAUACCUUGUAAUGAAAUAUGGGGAACCAAGCCUGGUCUGACAAUCGUUCAGUGAAGCACUUGAUAAGUGUACGGUGAAGAGUGAAAUGUGUAUUUUCCCA